UCAUCCAGGAAGUGGAUUCACACAAGCUGUUCUAGAUUGUUAGGCAAAAUAAAGUCAUUAUUAAAGUUCAUUUCGCCAGUUAAUUAUUGCUCAUUGUUAGUGUGACACUGUGUGGAUUUGUAGUGGGAAGAGUUGAAAAGUCGUACAAGCGGCUGUUAUGCUGAAACAAGCAUGAAACAAACAUUACGCAAUAUCGCAAAGGAUCAGCUCGAUAGACAGGAUGAACAUGAUCACAUUCUUUAUCGUGGGGCUUCUGGUCCACGUGGUCUUCUUCAUCUCCAUAUUUGACAUCUACUUCACGUCACCCUUGGUUCAUGGGAUGAGUCCUCAGCGUGUGCCCUUACCGUCGCCUGCCAAGCGCCUGGUGCUCUUCGUGGCAGAUGGACUGAGAGCAGACAGCAUGUUUAAGCCCGACACCAACGGCACCAUCAGGAUGCCCUAUUUAAGGAGUGUAAUUCAGGAGAGCGGUUCAUGGGGAGUGUCACACACACGUGUACCUACAGAAUCCCGUCCUGGACAUGUGGCGCUUAUAGCAGGCUUUUAUGAGGAUGUCAGCGCUGUGGCUAAAGGCUGGAAGGAGAAUCCAGUGGAGUUUGACUCUGUGUUUAAUGAGAGCAGGUACACAUGGUGCUGGGGAAGUCCUGACAUCCUGCCCAUGUUCGCUAAAGGUGCGAGUGGAGAUCAUGUGUACACUCACACUUAUCCUGCUGCGAUGGAGGACUUCGCUUCAAAGGACGCCUCCAAACUAGAUACCUGGGUGUUUGAUCAAGUGAAGGAGUUCCUCAGAUCAGCAAAAGAGAAUCAAACUCUCAUGUCUCAAUUGCAUGAAGAUAAAAUUGUGUUUUUCCUUCAUCUUCUGGGGAUUGACACCAACGGACACGCCCACCGGCCCAUGUCAAAGGAGUAUCUGGAUAACAUUGGCCUGGUUGACAGUGGAGUUGCCGAGAUUGUUACUGUGUUGGAGGAGUUCUUUGGGAACGAUGGCAGAACAGCGUAUGUUUUCACAGCUGAUCACGGCAUGACAAACUGGGGGUCUCAUGGAGCCAGUCAUCCAUCAGAAACCCUCACCCCCUUGGUGGUGUGGGGGGCCGGAGUUCAGAGAGCUCAGAGAACCACCACUUUUCAGAAUUAUGGUGAUGACUACAUCAGAGAAUGGGGGCUGGAGACGUACAGGAGAAUCGAUGUCAACCAGGCUGAUAUAGCACCGCUCAUGUCAUCUCUCAUCGGGGUUCCCAUUCCACUCAACUCUGUGGGGGUCCUGCCGCUCAAGUACCUCAAUAACAGCCAGCAUUUCAAAGCUGAAAGCAUGUAUGCAAAUGCCGUUCAAAUCCUGGAGCAAUUCAAGGUGAAAAUGACGCAGAAAAAGGAGACCACUUUGUCGUUUCUCUUCACGCCGUACCAACCUCUGACUGAUUCUAAAAUGACUGAGUUUGUGAGUCACACAAGAUCACUAAUCCAGAAAGGGCACUUUGAUGAAGCUAUUCAACAGUGUGAGGUUCUGAUAGAUCAGGCCAUGGAGGGAUUGUCCUACUAUCACACCUACGACCGCCUUUUCCUGGGCUGCAGCGUUGUCUUAGGUUUCAUCGGAUGGACGUCUUACGUGGUUUUGGUUAUCCUGAAGACUCACGCCAGCCUGCGCAAACCACCUGCAAGCAGAGACAAGACAGCAGGGAGACAUCUGGGUCGGGUUUUCGUGUGUGUGGGCCUGCUGGUGUCCGUCUUUCUGUUUCUUCAGGCCAGUUCCUUCACCUACUACAUCUACUGCCUGUUGCCUGUCCCCGUGUGGUACGGAGUCCUAAAAGAAUUUGGGAUCCUUGUUGAUCUUAUGAGAUCAGUUCCUUCCCUGAACCUGAGCAAAUGCUUUGGAUAUUUUGUUCUAGUUACAUUUGGGAUAGAGCUACUGGUUGUGAGUUUUUUCUAUCGGGCUGUGUUGACCCUGGGACUGAUAGUGCUGGCACUGUGGCCUGUUGUCUCAGGGCUUUAUAGAAAAACCAAGUCCAGGUCAGUGAGCUGGGUGUUGAGCUGCUUGUGUCUGGCAGUGUUUCCUCUGUUGCCUGUUGUCGGACGAGAACCCAACACCAACUAUGUGUUAUGUGCUGGAGCUCUAAUGCUGUUCACCUCGUUCCUCUACAUUUUAUCACGUAGACACGCAGGCCUGCAUACGAGAGAUCGUUGGCUGUUUAUUGGCCAGAUGCUGCAGGUGGCGCUGUGCGCAUACGUGCCUUCCAGCACACACUCCAGUCUGCAACUCAAACAAGGCCUACCGCUCUUCAAUCAGCUCAUCAGCUGGACCACUCUGGUCUCAUCAUUUUUUGUGCCGCUGCUGAGUUCUACGCGACUCUUCCACAGGCUGCUGAGUAUUCUCAUGUCCCUCAUCUGUGUGUACCUUCUCCUCAGCACUGGGUACGAGGCCCUGUUUCCUCCUGUACUGUCAUGGCUGAUGUUUGUGUGGAUCCAUAUGGAGCAGGAAGCCAUAGACACACACGGAAUGUCCAACAGGAAUGAGCUUUCACACAUUGAUUUUGCUGAAAAUAUCGACUUAUCCAGAAUCAGGCAGCUGAGUUUGGACGAUAUCAGAAGAUCGCACUUCUUUGUAUUCUUCAUAAUCAUUGCAUUCUUUGGCACAGGAAACAUUGCUUCCAUCAACAGUUUUGACCCAGCCUCUGUCUACUGCUUUCUAACGGUCUUUAAUCCUUUCAUCAUGGGUGGCCUUUUAAUGUGGAAGGUCCUGAUUCCAUUCAUAAUUGUAAUGUGCACAUUCGAAAGUGUUCAAGUGUCAACACGGCUUUCGUCACGAAGCCUUUUCCUCAUUGUGCUGGUCAUCUCUGAUUUGAUGGCACUGCACUUCUUCUUCUUGGUGAAAGACUAUGGAAGCUGGCUUGAUAUUGGUACAAGCAUUAGUCACUACGUCAUUGUCAUGUCCAUGACCAUCUUCCUGAUGCUGCUGAGUGUGAUGACACACAUCUUGACCUCAAAUAAACUCCACAUUGGACAAAAAGUGAAGGUGCACUUUAAGUGAUCUGCAUUAGACAGUGUUGGAGAAAGUGGCAACAGCACUUGGUUUACACUGCACAUACAACUUUCUCAUAAGGAAACU